AUGCAAAAAAAGAGCAAACUUUAUCGGAUUUUAUUAGUAGGCACACCAUUUUCGUAUCCUUUUUAUUAUUUAUAUUUGAUGAUUCAAGAUUUGUCAAAUAAUAGUCCUUCAAAUUGUUUAUUAAAUUACAACGAUAAAGUUACUACAAUCACUCCUUUUGUUUGUGUUAUUUCUACAUUGUUUUGCUAUUUAAUUAUUUUAUUAAAAGUCAUAUUUGGAAAGGAUCCGAUAGGUAAUUUAUUUAUUAAAAUUUUAGGAAAAUAUUUAUGUUUAAACGGUUACGGUACUUUAGGGUCGGUUUCGGUUAACCGAAGAUACUAA